AUGGUGUCGUCCUUCGUUCCGACGCCCAGCUGGGCGGAGGUCGUUAGCACCGGGCAAGAGCUGAAAGUCGGCCCUGCUUUCGCCAAGGGCACAUUUAGCACAGUGCACCCGGUGGACGGCAAGGUGAAUGACGAGGAGGUAGUGGUGAAGCUGACGCGAGUCCACAGGUUGCAUUACCACGUCAACGACGUGCUCCUCCUGGACGAAGUGGACGAUGAGAAGCGAUUGCGUGGCCGCGAGGCAACACUGCAAAAGGAAGCGAAGGUCCUCCGCUGGCUAAGCGACUGCCCGGUUGUGGUUCCUUGGCUCGGUGACAUCCGGGCAUGCGUCGGUGGGGUGACAGUAACUGGCAUUCUCUUGCCAAAGAUGAAAAGAACUUUGCGACAGCUUUGGGACCGCAGCAGCGUUCAGCUGAACGUCAAUCAGAAUCGUCGCAACAGCAUCCGAUUGGCAGGCAUCCUAGGGUCCGUGGUUGACAUUCUCUGGGCAUUGGGCAGGAUGCGCGAGUGUGGGCUCUGUCACAUGGAUAUCACACCGGACAACUUGCUGUGGAGUGAAGAUCACUGCCAGUUGUACCUGGCGGACCUCGGCUCAGCUGCACGACGGCCAGGAUUCACAUGGCGGGCAUUGCAAGAUCUGCCCGAAACUGCCAACAUCCGUCGCAGCUAUGCUUUGGCCUUCAGAGGGGUGUGGCGGGUGCUGCCGCAGCUGUAUGGUCAAUUCCAUAGCUGCUCCUUUGUUCGCUUUCAGCUCCACGAUGAGACCCCCAGCGACAUGAAAGUCAAGCUGCCCCUUGCCGACCCCCGCCUCGACUACUUCGCGCUCGUGAUCAUUUUGCGCAACCUGCUUGGAAAGAAAGGUUUUGUCGCCGGUGGUCGCGAUGAUGGCUAUCCAGAAGGCGAAGCCAGGACGAUUCCGCACUCCUUCGAUCCACCGGAAGCCGAGAAGCCAUGGGGCCAGGCAGAUCCGACGUGGCCAUCACUUCUGGAGGCGGCUGUCCAGCUGCGUGCCUUGAACCAUGGGCUGGAGGCGCUUCCACCGCAGCCGGAGCACGAGCUCAAGCAGAAGGGAGAUUCCUUUUUGGACGAUGCCUUGAGGACUUGCCUCCAAGAUUUAGCAGAGAGCCGCCAGAGGCUCAUGAGGCUUCAGGAGGUAGACAUCCAGCAGGGGAGGCUUGGCCCCGGACCCAGCGGACCUCUCGUCUUCUGGCAGAGAGAUUCCUCCGGCACGCCCGUCAACAUCAUGUCCUUCGACCUUUCGAAGCUGGGAGAGAAGCCGCAGCUCUUGGUUCACGAGGCAAAGAAGGAGCUCGCCGCCAGCUUGGGCUGUCUUCCUCCCCAAAUCAAGCUGUGGGCUUUGCUGCGGCCCCGCUACGAGAAUUUCGAGGAGGAGGAGGAGGUCUUCCCAGGUUUGUGCCCGGAGCAGCUGGAUUCGCCCCUCCUGCGCUUGGAGGUGAUGCCAGUCGAGCAACUCCAGAAGGGGAUCGGGUUCGAGUUCUCUGAGCAUUUGAUGAAGACCAGCUACGAGGAGGUCUGGUACCUGCUGAACAGCCGCCACCUGCACCCCGACUGCAUCUCUUUGCGGGACCUCAUCGACGCAGGGCCAGGGCCAUGCCGCGCGGCCCUGGAGAACAAGGCGGAUCCCAACCAGAUCAGCGACCGGAGACACACAGACCCCAUGAGGGCGGGAUACUAUGGAGAUGGCAGAGGCACUACACCCCUGACUUACGCAACCGAGAAAAUGCCCCAUUCGUGGGACAGCUGGGGCGGGUUUCGCCAAAAGAGUGCCAAGGUGCGGUGGGGAGAGUGGGGGAGGUACAAAAUGGCUAUGGAGAUCAUGCAGAUGCUCUUGGACGCUGGAGCGCGGGUCAACAAGGUCGAUGGCAACGGCAACACCCCCCUGUCGCUGGUGCAGCAGGAAAUUGGAAGGCGGCGUCGGCGGGAGCCGUCUGCACGCAUGCAGCAAGAACAGGACCAGCUGUGUUCUACACAUCGUGACAUUGGUAGUCUGCUGCUCAGAGCUGGUGCAUCCCGCUGGCCGCGCCUGUGGGCAGCCUCGAACAUGACUGACUGCGUGUCAAACUGA